CUUACUCUCGUUGGAGCUUCGCGCCGUCUGCAGCCAUGCCUUCGUGCAAGAUGGUUGUCAAUUCAAUUAUAUAUCCUCCUGGAAUAUCUUAAUCAUAUUGUUGGUCUGAUUUCUGCACAAGCUGUAAUCAAUCAACAACAUUGUAAUCAUGUCUUCCGCCAGUGCUCCACCUCUCAAAGGCGUCCGCGUCCUCGAGUUCGGGGGAUUGGCUCCCGGUCCCUUCUGCGGUCUCCUUCUCGCCGACUUUGGCGCCGAUGUCCUCCGUCUUGACCGCGCCACGUCCCAAACCCACACCGACAUCGAGCCCCCACCGACCGGCGACUGGCUCACCCGACACAAGUCCUCCAUCGCCGUGAACAUCAAGACCCCGCGCGGCGUCUCCUUCGUCAAAGCGCUUCUCCCGCACGUCGAUGUGAUCAUCGACCCCUUCCGCCCCGGUGUGCUCGAGAAGGCGGGACUAUGUCCCACAGAAGUCAUGCUGUCGAUCAACCCACGGCUGAUCGUCGCGCGGAUGACGGGGUUUCGCAGAGAUGGGAAGUACAAGGACAUGGCGGGCCAUGAUAUCAACUAUAUCGCCGUGUCCGGUGUAUUGUCGAUGUUGGGACGCAAAGGGGAGAAGCCCCUCGCGCCCGGGAACAUUUUGGGAGACUUCGCGGGUGGUGGCGCGAUGUGCUUCCUGGCAGUGCUGCUCGCACUGAUCGCUAGGGAGAAGGACGGAAAGGGGCAGGUCGUUGAAGCGAACAUGGUAGAUGGCGCCGCGUAUUUGGCCACCAUGCCGAGACUUUCUACGAAGACGCCGACGUGGGGUCGGGAGCGGGGGACGAACAUGUUGGAUGGAGGAAGCCCGUUCUAUGACACGUAUGAGACCAAGGAUGGCAAGUACAUGGCAGUGGGUGCUUUGGAGCCGCAGUUCUUCGCCGAACUCAUGAAAGGUCUCAACAUCGACCCGAAAACGUUCCCCGGCUCACGAGACGACCGAAAGACAUGGCCAUAUCUAGUUGACCUGUUCACCAAGACCUUCAAAUCGAAGACCCGAGCGGAAUGGGAGGUGAUCUUCGACGGCACCGACGCGUGCUGUACUCCCGUCCUUACCCAGCAGGAGCUAGAGGAGAAGUCUUUCGACCAACGACCACCGGUCACGCUCCGCCGAACGCCAGGCUACGCUCAGGUUCAGAACGCCUCGAGCGAGCCGGAACCGGCGAUUCGCGCUGCGAAGGGACAGGGUGCGGGUGUUGAGGGCGAGGGAUGGAGCGCGGAGGGACUGGGACCGUCGGUUGGUGGUGAGAAGGUUUUGGAGGAAUGGGUUGGGUGGAAGAAGGGCAAGCAGUAUGAGGUCGAGAACGGCGGACUGGCCAAGAUUAGCGGUGGGCUAUCUAUGUUAUAGGUUAAGUAUGUGUAUAAAUUGGCCAUCUCUUUGAAGUGACGACUGUUCCACAUUUUCUGUUACCGCUUGAAGAUUUGAAUUAUAGGCAGCACAAACAGACGUGCAAACCAUGGUGUUGCCGAUACGCUCAGAGCCAACCGCGCUGGUAACAGGACUUUCGU